AUGUUAUCCAAUAGAUUUCCAUACAUAGCAAUAAGUAAUAAAAAUUAUCAAAAAAUAUGCAAACUGCAUACAUCAACAUUUAGUAGUGUAUCAUUCAAAGCUGGAGAUAAGAUUCGAAUUCAGAAAACACUUACUCAGAAGGACUUGGAUACUUUUUCAAAUCUUACAAGCGAUCACAACUAUAUUCACAAGAAUAAUGGUAACAAGAGGCCAAUUGUUCAUGGUGCAUUGUUGAAUGGUUUAGUUGCAGGGCUCAUAGGAACACAUUUACCUGGUCCUGGUACAAUUCUGGUGUCACAGACGAUGAAGUUUCCCAAUAAAUGUUUUGUUGGUGAAAAAUUAACUAUAAGUGUUGAGUUAGUUGAUGUGAGAAAGAUUUUGAAAGUUAAGUUUUAUUGUAUUGUUGAAGAGGAAAAGAAGGUUGUGUUUGAGGGUGAGGCUAAGCUUAUGUUAGCCAAAGACUGUUAG